AUGGAUGGACGGAAUGACUUUGUGUUGCAUACCGUGACUGCGGAAGCCUCCGUGGGACACCAUGAUACACGAGCCCCACAUCCCCAACAAGCAGCGCCCUCCGGUCUCAAGACCGCCAGACCAAUGCGCCGGGGAGGCAGAAAAGAGGGAGGGAGCCCCGGUUCUCCGCCGGGCACCGCCAGGGCUUGGCACCGCUUCAAGCUGGGACUCGGAGCGCCGUCUUCGAAGCCACUACCCGCGCGAAGCUUCGGGCUCUGGGGCCUCCGCUCUGCCCUUCUCACACCGCUGGGCAAGGCCGCCUUUCAGCUCGCGCCGAGAGAGCCCGCAGCCUCAGCCGAGAAAAGCCGGCGGCUGGGUCACUCCGCGUUCUCCGCCCGACGGCCGCUCCUAUGCCAGGGCGGUCCGGGGCCGCGCACCUUUGGGCAGGCGGGGCCGGGCCACGCCCUCCGGCCUUGCGCGGGCCUGCCUCGCACCCCUAUAAGGCCCUGGCGCCCCCUCCCCGCCGCAGACUCCGUGCCCCGUCCGAGGAUGCUGCUCAGUUCACCACCGGACCCCGCCGCCGCCCCGCCGCUCGUGGUGCCCCGCCGGCCCCAGCUGCCGCCGCCCUCCAAGACCAGGAGCCGCUUCGAUAUCGAGUCGCUGCUAGCCAGGUCGGAGCCGCCCCGUCGGGAGUCGCCGGUUCCCGGCACCUGGGCCGCCGCUACCACCUCUUCCUCGCCCGCGCUGCACUUCGGCUGCGUGGCAGCCACGCUGCGCUUCCCGGCCCUGUACCUGGCCGCGCAGCAGCCCUUCCUCUCGGCCCCGACCUGCCGGUGCGCCGCGCCCGCCUGCAAGAGGUCAGGUGAGGAAGCCGCCCGAUCGGUCUGCCCGCUGGGGGAUCCCGAGGCCCGUCCGUCGAGUUCGUUCCUGAGCCCGCGAGGUAGACUGCGGGUGAACCUGGACGCUCCACAGCAUUAUAGAGCCCGCUCCGCCUGCCGUCCAGGCCUGGAAUUCUCGCGGUGCACGGGCUCCCUGGGGCCGGCCCUUCCCUGGAGACCCGGAGGUCCCUGCAAGCUGAAGCGAGUCCGCACCGUGUUUACCCCGGAGCAGCUGGAGCGUCUGGAGAAAGAGUUCCUGAAGCAGCAGUACUUGGUGGGCUCGGAGCGCUUGGACCUGGCAGCCACCCUGCAGCUCACAGAGACCCAGGUCAAGGUCUGGUUCCAGAACCGCAGAAUCAAAUGGCGCAAGCAGAGCCUGGAGCAGAAGGCAGCCAAGCUCUCCUCGCAGUUCGGGGCAACACGGACGACCCCCUCUGGCCGGCUGGAUGGGCAGGAUAGUGACAGGGAGGAUGAGGACCUCAAUGUGGACCUUUAG